AUGUGCAAACUUGAUUGGGGUUUCACCACUUAUGGGAUUAGGUGUCGGGCCUUUUACGGUAGGACAGGCAACCUUAAAGUGGCAUCAAGCAAAGUGGCUAAACAUGAGAAAGCGUGUUCUGACAAUCAACAUGUUUUUAUACCAUUUACUUUUGACAUUUUCGGUUUCCUAACACCAGAGGUUGUUGACCUUCUACAUAGAGUUCAAAAGGUCAUGCAUAGCAAUUUUAUGUCUCCUAGGUCCAUGAACGUCGUGUUUACGAGGAUUGAUUUUGUCAUCCAAAAAGGCUUGGCGGUGCAGCUUGUUGCCUGCUUGCCUUCUAUUCAAGUUGUGUUGGCUGAUUUUCAAGUUGUAUCUGUGAUUUUCGCGUUCUGUUUUGUGGUUCAGAUUCAAGGAACUGUGAAAGAGUUGGACACAACUGCUGGAGAAUUUAAAAUGUGGUGGAAACCUACAACUAUAUCACUAGAUUCUGGUUUGUUCAAGGUUGGUGAUGAUGAAGAUGCUUCCAAAAUAUCAAAGUAUGCUACGGAUCACAAUGCUCCAGUUGAAAUAUAUGUGGAGUAUGUAAAUGAAGCUAAUGCAAAUGCAAGUUAUCCUGUGUCUUUGGACAAUGACAGUGUGAGAAAAGACAAAGGCAAGGGUGUGGCUAUUCCUACUGAUGAGUCUGGUUCUGAUGAUGAUUAUUGUGAAAGUGAGCAUUCAGAUUUGGAUGUAAGCAUUGAAGACAGUGAAGAAGAGAGGGACUUGGGGUUAGAUGAUGGAUUUGAAGAAGAGCUGGUUGAGUUUGCUGGUGAAGGAACUUCUCAAGUUAGACAACCUAAUGAUGUUGAUGAUAGUAAUGCUCCACAUGAUGGUGAUGGUGCUGAUGAACUUAAUGAGGCUGAAGAUGAUUAUGUGUCAGAAGAUCUUGAUAGUGCGAGUGAUUCUGGUGGUGAUGGAUGUGCUGAACUUAAGCCAAGAUAUCCCAAGUUUAGAAGUGAAGAUCUUACUAAAACAUUUAAGUUCACUGUGGGCAUGGAAUUCUCUUCACUGAAACAGUUCAAAGAUGCAAUUCUUGAACACAAUGUGUUGAAUGGAAAGCAGGUAAAGUUUAGGAAAAAUGAUGCAGAUAGGGUUAGGGUGGUUUGUAAGUCUUUUGACACAUGUGGUUACACUGCGUUGGUUAGUAGAGUUGUUAGGAGUCACACUUUUAGGGUUAAGACACUUGUACCAAAACACACAUGUGGGAGAGUCUUUGAUAACAAGAAUGCUAAGUCUGAGUGGGUAGCUAAGGUUAUCUUUGAUAGGAUGAAAUGCUCUAAAGGGAUGCAGAUUAAUGAUGUUGUUACUGAAGUUAGAACCAAGUAUUCAACUGGCAUAACAUUUUCAACAGCUUUUAAAGCUAGACAAAUAGCUAGAAAGCUUGUGGAUGGUGAUAGUGUCAAGCAGUAUGCAUUGUUGUGGUCCUAUAGUGAGGAAUUAAAAAGAGCAUGUCGUGGAAAUAAUUGUAAGUUGCACAUUGAAAGGCCUGCCCCUACGUUGGAGCCUAGGUUUGGAAGGUUUUACUUAUGCCUCGAUGGUUGCAAGAGGGCUUUGAAAAUUGCUUGUAGGCCAUUCAUUGGUGUAGAUGGUUGUCAUUUGAAGAAUAAAUAUGGUGGACAGCUACUAAUUGCAGUGGGAAGAGACCCUAAUGAUCAAUACCUGCCAAUUGCUUUUGCAGUGGUUGAGACUGAAAGUAAAGAAACAUGGAGGUGGUUUUUAACAAACCUACUUGAUGAUAUUGGUGACAGUAGGUGGACAUUCAUAAGUGAUCAACAAAAGGGAUUGAUCCAGACUUUUGAUGAGAUGCUUGGUGGUCUAGAACACAGAUUCUGUCUUAGACAUCUCUACACAGAUAAGCCAGGCCCCUGUUGCUGCACCUAAGAAAAGAGUAUGCUUUUUUUUGCAGUCUAUUAUAUUUUUCUCUUUUAUUAUGCUUUAACAUGUUGAAUUCUAUUAUUAGGGGAGACCUUGUAAGAAAGUAGUUGAUGGUCAGUCUAGUGGUGUUGUGAAAAGGAAACAACAAGCUGCUACCAAGAAAAGAAAAGUUGUUGCUGAUAACUCUGCUAAAUCUGUGGGGACUAAUAAUGUGUCUGGUCAUAAUGAAGCUGAAACCAUAUUCCAAACAUUGAAAGUCUUACCACCAGAUGUGUUUGAAGAGACAAUGAAGCAAUUGGUAGUCGGGCUCGCGAAAUGGCAUAAUGAAGUGGGAGAGAAAACACCAAAGCCAGGAGAAGAUGCAUGAAAUUAAAUCAUGGAAUAUUAACUUAGAUUAUUAGGACCUUUUUUUAUGCUUGAUACAUGUUUGCCUGUGAAUUAAGAAUUUGUAAUCAAGCUUUUGCGUGUAAUGCUUCAUCUAUUUUGUGAACUUUGUGAUGAAGCUUAACUACUACUGAUGACAGGCUUUUUUUGUUGGUCAACAUUUCCAGUGUAGACAAUUGGAGUACCAAUUGCAAGUUCAAUGUGAUAUACAAUUGGAAUGCCAAUUGCAUUUUAUGUUAUUCAAGUG